CGGCGCCUUUGUGUGAGCCGGGCCGGGAUGGUGCGGGGCGCCGGGCGGAGCCCCUUGCCCUGCCAGUUCCUGCUCCCGCCGCGGAUGAAAGCGUGAAGGCCGAGCCGACCGGGAGAAGGGACUCUUGAGCAGCUGCUAAGAUGGGCAUGAGGAUCAAGCUGCACAGCACCAACCACCCCAACAACCUGCUGAAGGAGCUCAACAAGUGCCGGCUCUCCGAGACCAUGUGCGACGUCACCAUCCUGGUGGGCUCCCGCUCCUUUGCCGCGCACAAGGCCGUGCUGGCCUGCGCCGCCGGCUACUUCCAGAACCUCUUCCUCAACACGGGGCUGGACGCAGCCAGGACCUACGUGGUGGAUUUCAUCACGCCGGCCAACUUCGAGAAGAUCCUGAGCUUCGUGUACACCUCGGAGCUCUUCACCGACCUCAUCAAUGUGGGCGUCAUCUACGAGGUGGCGGAGCGGCUGGGCAUGGAGGAUCUGCUGCAGGCUUGUCACUCCACCUUCCCCGACCUGGAGAGCUCGGCCAUCACCAAGCAGCCCGCCCUGUCCGUGGGGGAAGGCCGGGCUGGGCCGCUGAGCAGCACCUCCUCGGAGCAGAGCCACGCUUUGGGGGACAUCCGCAGCGGCGCGGAGCACUUCGGCCCCGAGAGGAGUUACCUCCUGCACGGGGACGUGGCGGGCAGCUACAAAGAGGACGACAGGAAUCCCGUGGGCGAGGCCAGCCAGGCCCUUCCCCUGAUGCACCCGCAGCAGCCUCCCAAGACGGAGCAGGAGUCGGAUGCGGGGCAGUUCGCUCCGGUCGCGGGUCUGGGCGCCCAGCCCGGUGGGAACGUCGUGGCGCAGACCGCCGGCAACUCCUGCGCUCAGUACAAGGCCCAGAGCAACGGCGACUACGGCAAGGGCGGCUUCUUCCCCGCUGACCCCUCCCUGGAUGUCUCCACGGGGAGCAAUUCCUGCCCCAGCAACAGCGACCACUCCAAAGAGCAGGGAUUCGAGCAGAUGGAUGAGCUCCAGCUGGAGGAUUUGGGAGAGGCCGAGCUGCAUUUCGAGGACGCUGGAGAAGAGCUGGUGCCGUCCGAGGAAGUGAUUGAGCUGAGCGAUGACAGCGAGGAGGAGCUGGCCUUCGAGAGCGACGGCCGGGACAGCAAGGCCAUGCCCUGCCAGGUGUGCAAGAAGGUGCUGGAGCCCAACAUCCAGCUGAUCCGCCAGCACGCCAGGGACCACGUCGACCUGCUGACCGGGAACUGCAAAGUCUGCGAGACCCACUUCCAGGACCGCAACUCCAGGGUCACUCACGUGCUGUCCCACAUCGGCAUCUUCCUCUUCUCCUGCGACAUGUGCGAGACCAAGUUCUUCACCCAGUGGCAGCUGACGCUGCACCGGCGGGACGGGGUCUUCGACAACAACGUCGUCGUCCACCCCAGCGACCCGCUGCCGGGGAAAGCGGCCGCCUUUGGGGGAGGCCCCGGCCCCGAGCUGGCCUGCUCCGCCUGCGGGAAGCCCUUGGCCAAAGAUUUCCACACGGUCCGGAACCACCUGCUGGAGCACGUCAACCUGAAGAGCCAAACGUGCGGCGUGUGCGACCAGCGGCACCUGAGCCUCUGCAGCCUGCUGUGGCACGCCCUGUCCCACCUGGGCGUCUCCGUCUUCUCCUGCUCCGUGUGCUCCAGCAGCUUCGUGGACCGGCAGCUCCUGGAGAAGCACCUGGCCGUGCACCAGCACGCGGAGGAGGCUCUUUUCCAGUGCCGCUUCUGCAGCCAGAGCUUCAAGCUGGAAGCCGCCUACCGCUACCACGUCAGCCAGCACAAAUGCGGGGGCGGCCUGGACAUCCGUGCGGGGUUCGGGGAACGCCUGCAGCCUCAGGGGCCGCCCAAGAGGAAGCUGCCCGAGGAGUUCCUGAGCGAAGAGCUGGCGCUGCAGAGCCAGCCGGGCAACAGCAAGUACAGCUGCAAGGUGUGCGGCAAGAGGUUCGCCCACACCAGCGAGUUCAACUACCACCGGCGCAUCCACACCGGGGAGAAGCCGUACCAGUGCAAGGUGUGCCACAAGUUCUUCCGCGGGCGCUCCACCAUCAAGUGCCACCUGCGGACGCACUCGGGGGCCCUCAUGUACCGCUGCACGGUGUGCGGCCACUACAGCUCCACGCUCAACCUCAUGAGCAAGCACAUCGGGGUGCACAAGGGCAGCCUCCCGCCGGACUUCACCAUCGAGCAGACUUUCAUGUACAUCAUCCACUCCAAAGAGGCGGAGAAAAACGCGGAGAGCUGAUGGGGGCGAGGCCGGAGGAGGCGGCGGGAGGAAGGAAAGAAGGAGCGCGACGACAGAAAAAACAAACAGACAAAAAAUAUAUAUAUAUAUAAGAAGUUGUUUCGUUUUAUUUAAUGGUCAGGCAUCAUGGAUGGAAUUUGGGGUUUUUUUUGGUUUUGGUUUAAUUUUUUUUUUUUUUUUUUUAAUUUUUUUCCCCCCCUUUUGGGGAAGCCUUCCUAGGGAUUUUUAGAUUUGGUGGCGUUGUACAAAUUAACAGCACGUGAGGUACAUCACUGUUUCAAGGAGUCUGUCGUGUUUACUUACCUCUGGUCCUGUUAGAGGCCAUCGAGUUCUGUGCUUUUAGCAUUUCUCACUAGUUUUUGAGUCUAGGUUCUAUUUUUUUAUUAUUUUUUAUUUUUUUUUGGAACCUUUUAGCCCACUUGACCAGGCUAACCCUUGAGCUUGUCCACAAACUGAUGCUGCUAAGAUUUUCACACCUGACCUCAGCGGAGCGGGACAGAGCCAGAGCAGGUGCUGGACUCGAAGGAAAGGAACAAAAGAGAAAGGAAAAAAAGGAAGAAGAAGGAAAAAAAAAAAAGACAUUCUGGGCAUCCCUGGUGUUCUGCUGCUACUGCCAGGAGAUGGGCAAAGCGUGCUCUGGGAGAGGAGCAGGAAGCACCUGAGUGUGUCAACAAGGAGGAAUCCCAGCAGGAAACCAGGAGCAGGGGAUUCACAGAUUCCCAGGCCGUGGUGUUUUCUCUGCUGUGGCUGGGACUCGCUGAAACCUCGAGGAGGAGAUGAAGGAGCCACCCCAGCUCCCCGCAGAGCCUGUGGCUGCGUGAGCACUGCCAUCUCCCGCAGGGCUGCAGAGGGAGGGGAAGCACAUCCGUGCCGCCUGGGAGGUGAUUUGUGGUGGCCACGGAGAGCCAGGAGUCUCCUGGCUCCUCUCUGCCCCAGCCUCACGCUGUGCCCCGGGCAGACGAGUCGGGAUGAAAGCUGUUGCCUUAACUCCCUGGAAGGAGGAGGGACCCUUCUCCUGCCAGAGGGAUCCCCCCCGUCCCACGGCCCGGAUCGCCGCGUCCCCGACGUGCGUGGUUGGAGUGGCGUGAGUUUGUUCGUGGAGCGGGAGCCACGGUGAUGGUUUGGCCUCUCUGGCUGCGUGUUGGGCACUUCUGGGGGCUCCCCUGGGCGUGGGGGGCUCCCCUGGGCGUGGGGGGUUCUCCCCAUCUACAUUUCAGUGCCCCUUAGUGCAGGAAGUUCUCCUGGGCAUGGGGAGCUCACCUGGACACGUGUCAGGCUCUCCUUGGGCACAAGGAUCUCUCCUGACCCCGUGUCAGCUCCACCUCAGCACGGGGAGCUCACCUGGACACGUGUCAGGCUCUCCUCGGGCACAAGGAUCUCUCCUGACCCCGUGUCAGCUCCACCUCAGCACGGGGAGCUCACCUGGACACGUGUCAGGCUCUCCUUGGGCACAGGGAUCUCUCCUGACCCCGUGUCAGCUCCACCUCAGCACGGGGGGCUCUCCUGGCCGCUCCCGGGGGUCUCUCCUGGCCGGUGCCAACAGUGUUAAACACUGGGAAGGGCAGGGAUCGGCUUCUCCCCGUGUUUUCCCUGCUGUGGGGGCAGAGGUGGGGAGGAGCAGACAUUCCCGAGCCGGGGCUGCCCCUCGGGUAACUCAUUUCUACCUCACAAACAUGGAAGCGCUCGGAGCUCUCCGGCGGCCGUGGAUCGGCUCCCGCGCUUCCGUCAAGUUUUGCUGUUACUGAACUAGACUAAAGUAAACUAGACUAAACUAAACUAGUGAUUUGCAAACCCUGGAAACUCACCCCGCUGCCCCCUGGCUGUGAAGGGACACCCGGGAAGGGCCAUCCUGCACUGGGGGGCCGGACUCGGAGAGCUCAGAGCGUCCGGGGGUCUCUCCUCCGGCCCCGAGCCACUUCACCUCUUUGCCUCAGUUUCCUCAUCUGUAAAAUGAGGGUGGUACCUGCCGUGGUACCGACCUACCUCCGGGAGCGGGGAGGGUGCCUGGAGCCUGGCUUUGGAGGAGGGGAGGCCACCAGAGCCGAGGUCAGCUCUGGCUUGGCCUGGCUGCCGCAGCCGCUCGGGUUCCGAACUCCGGCCUCGCGGUCCUGGGAUCGCUGUGGAGCUGUGUUAGGGUUUUACAAGAGAAAAGGUGACUUCUUGUUGUUGUUGUUUUUGGGAGGAGUGGCCUGGUGCUCUGGGAAGGGUGGGAGCUUCGCUGGCGGGCUCCUCUGAGCCGCUCUCUGGGUUCUGGGGGGGUUCUGCCCUGGAAUCCUGGGGUGGAUGAGGCUGGAAGGGAUCGUCGGGGGUCACCCAGUCCCACCCGCUGCUCGUGCAGGGUCCCCUCGAGUGCAGAACUCAGGCUGGGGCCAGGGCCAGGGAUGGACACUGCUCUGCAGGUGGCUGUGAAGGUUGGACAAGGCUGGGAGAGCCUUGAGACCCUCCUGGAAUGUUCCAGAAGCCACGGUGAGCUUCAGGGAGGGUGUGCGGCCCCGGCUCUGGCGAAGCUGAGAAGCAAAACCCUUUUGUGCGCGUAAACCAAAAAAGAGAAGCUUUUACACCGAAACACCGAGAGGCUGAGCCAGCCCUCGCUCCUGCCUGGCAAUCCAGGGAAUUCCCGUUCCCCUGGCUUGAAACAGAUCAUUCCCACGUGGAACAUCCCGAAAUCGGCAGUGGAGGGGCUGCAGGGAUGCGGCCGGACCUGCUGCUGCUAAAUCCCGAUUCCCAGAGGGGUCAGAGGCCUGAGUGUCCCCCCAGGGAUGGUCCUGGGUGUUCCUGAGCCUUCAGGAGCUGGCAGGGACGUCACCCCUGUCCCCGUGUCCGGCCGGCCUGGCUGGGAGCUGCAGUUCAGCGUCGGGAUUUCGUUCCUUCUCCACCACCACCUGGCUCCCUCCUGUCCCCAGUGCCCCUGGCGGCUGUGGGGACACCGACCUACCUCUCCCGGGGCGGCCUGAGGUGUUCGCAAAGUGCUUCGGGAUCCUGGGGUGGGAGAGGGAGUUGCAGAGGGGAAAUUCUGGCAGCGUCCAGGUCACGGAGCCCCUGCUCCGAGCCCAGGCUCACUCCCAUCCCCAACACAAAAUUCACUUUCCGUGCUCUCAGUGGAUCCGGGUCUCUGAUCGGAGUGAUUGAGCGGAAGAAGAAAGAACAAGAGUUGAACUUGCUGUCUAACCUUUUUGUUAAGUUAAUCGUAGGUACUGACCUCCUGCUAUUUAAGUGUUUACUAUCUAU